CAUCCUUUGUUUAAUGAAAAAUUGGCUACAGAUAAUAUAACAACACUAGAAUUGUUGUUAUAGUAACAACAGGGUAAAAGGGUAAAUUGACAAAUAUCAAAAAAUUAAAAAUUGAAUUAAAAUACAAAAAGAAACGAAUUAAACUUUGUUCCCCCACUCUCUGCUUCCUCUAACAACUCUGCUUCAUCGGAGCUCUCUCUUCUUCACAACAAUUGCAAAAGCGGCGGCGACAGUGCCAAAUCGAGUUCAUUGCGUUCACCUCAUCUUUCGCCGGCCGGAGCUCUCCGCCAGAACUUGUGUCCCCCCCUCCUCCUCGUUUUUCUGUUGCCGUUGUUCUUCAUUGACAACUGUUCAAGAUGGUGACAGAGAGGGCAGUGGUGGUUGGCGCUAGAAUCAUAGUGUUGAGCACCGUCGCGGCUUCGUCGUCGACGUCUCCAGCCUGGCCGAUUACAUGUCCGAUGGCCGCAUAUCCGCUCCCUUCCAUGACUGCCUCUCCAACUUCUGGAUCUGGAUUUCAGAUCUGGUGGUCAAGGAAUCGAAGAAGAUUUUGCCGCCGCCGUGGAUGGAGCAGGCUGGACGAAUUGCCGCAAAACCUUCCCGCCGACGCUCUCGGUGAUUAUCGCGGCGCCCGGGAUGUCGGUCUCCGACAUGACCACGCCUUCUGUGCUCACCGCAUCGGUGGCCUGGCGGUGACCGACGAGGCCGCCCUCUCGUUGAACGUGGCGGUGGAUUGCAUCGCCGUGGCCGGGCCGCCCUUCUGGCUCUGUCCGAACACCAUGGUCUCGGCGGUCUGCAUCAUGUUGGCGUCUUCAGGGGCGAUGGGCUUGGAGGCGAGGUCCCCCGAGACGUCAAAAACGUCGCCGUAUCUGAUUGGAUCGAGUUCCUCCUGCCCCGCCGCACCAAAUUGCUGCUGCGGCUGUUGUUCCGGCCUUCUUGGUUGUCCCUGACUCAUCCUGUUGCGAAAGGCUGUCGCUAUCUUUUUCAAGAAAACUCUGCUGACAGACUAGUUGAGGAUUGAGAUUUUGAUGGUUUGGAUUCUAGUGCGGACAUUAGGAACAGAGCUAUUUAGGAUAGAGAGUAGAGGCACACACUCUGUUCCUGGUGGAAUGAAAGUUGGCUCUUCCAGGUUAAGUGUCGAGAGAAGGAGCGAGGUCGUGGGCCUUGUAAUGCUUACAGGUGGUAUAUAUCCUUAUGAGCUUAUAAAGUCGUUUUCAGAAAGUGGAGUUACAGAGAAGGGAGUUCCAUAUAGCAUUUCCAUCUAGAACGGCGAAUGCCUUCUUUGUUGUGUUUUGGGAGUUGUUUGAGAAUAAGAAGACUUGGAAAAU